AUUCGUUCCCUUCAAAUCAAUUCAUAUUCUGCAAGCUCUGAAACCAUCAUGAUGUUGAAAAUGGUGAUCCUCUUAGCUCCUCUCUUCUUCUUCUUCCUCUGUUCUUCAGUUUUAGGUCAAGAAUUGUUGCAGAUUUUGACUCUGUAUCGCCAUGAUUCAUCACCUGUGGCUUCGAUUCCAACAAUGGGAGUUUAUGUGGAUGAAGAAAAGCUUAAUGAGGUUUCAAAUAGCGUUUUAAUGGCGGAAAAAUGGCUAAGGAUUCAUGUUUUAUCUCGAUACCCUUCCAACAAUAUAAACUCCAUUGUUAUUGCUAAUAACCUUCUUUGCAAUGAAGAGAAAACCAGAAAUCGAGAAGAGAUUGCUGGAUUGACUCUUCACUCGAUGAAGAACAUCUAUUAUUCUCUCACUAGAUGGGGUUUAGAGAAAGAAAUCAAAGUUUCUGUUUCUAUUUCAUCAAAUUGUUUCCAUCAAUCGCACCUUAGGUCUGUUUUUGGCUUUUUGGAGGAGAUAAACUCAACUUACACCAUAAAUUCACCUCAAUUUUCUAACGAAAUUGUGAAAUUAUUGAUUUCUGAGUUGAAAUCGAUGAAAGAAUUGGGGGUUUUUCAGUCCGAAAUGGUGGAUGUGAUCUUCCCUGUGUCAAAACAAACGAGACCCCAAUCGAGAAAGCUUUCAUUCAUCGAUCCUUUAUGGUGGUCAGUAACUCCACCGUCACAGGUUAGUUAUACCUUUUCACCACUCACCGGAAUCCCUUCACUGGCGCCGGAGAUUCAACCUCCGAUAAUGUCUCCGGCGAGCAGUCCCGCUCCACAUUACGGGUUUAAUCUCCCGCCCUGUAAUCCCUACCAAGCUCCUCCACCGGUUGUUGGUAGCACCGGUAGAUCAAUGGCGAAACCACCGACAUCACGGAGUGGUUAUGGGCAAGAACAACUGUGGUGUGUCGCAAAACCUAGUGUGCCGUCGGAAAAGUUGCAGGAGGCGAUGGAUUAUGCGUGUGGAGCCGGAGGUGCAGACUGUGGUCCGAUCACACCCACCGGAAGUUGUUACUCACCGGACUCGGUUGUUGCUCAUGCAUCUUAUGCUUUCAAUAGUUACUGGCAGAAAAACAAGAACAAUGGUGGAGUCUGUGGGUUCGAAGGGACUGCAAUGCUCAUCAGUUCGGACCCAAGUUUUCUUCAUUGUCAUUUCAUUCUUGGCUGAAUUUUGGGGAUCUUGCCAAAUUGGAAGAGAAGUUGCUUCAUUUGUUGGUGACUUAAUGGAAUCCAUAUACUAGAGCAAUAGUAUUUGAAUUUUAUGGUUUAAAAGUUAUAUAAUUGCUCUUUUCGAUCUGUAUCUAAUACCUAAUAACUCAUACGAAAUAAACACAUGUAUGUCGGGUUUUUGCCGUAU